AUGCCAACCUUCCAUGUUCGAGUCAAGUCUAACUACAGAGACGCAACCUGCAGCUCUGCCCAGCCCAUCCAGAUCCCUAGGCCAAGCCUCCCCAGGCCCUAUAUCCAGGCCUUCUUCACCCCCAAUUGUACCAUGAACCAAAGUGCAGUUGGAACCGAAGGCACUACCCAAUUUCCUCCUCGUCUCUUCCAGGUUUGGAGAAGGACAUUGGUCCAGGUCACCCUCCUGCUGACACCUUGGGCCAUUGAACAGACAACUCAGGUCACAAUCUACCUGGUCUAUGGGUUCAGCAGCCACCAGGUUCUGCCCCUGCUGCAUUCCUCCACCCAGACAGGAACUCUUGGAACCAUAGAUUGUCAGAAACCACCAGAGGUAUCACAGCAGAACUUGACUGGCUCCGCCCGGGUGCUCGCCAUGGGAGAAGGGGACAGUGACAAGCACACUCAUCAUCCAGAGGUCUCCCUGGGCACCUUCCUUCUGGAUAAACCAGUUCAAUUGCCCCCUACUUUCCACCAGGAUAAAGAAGGGGACUCUUGUGCCUGGAAUGCUCAGGGUCAAGAUGCAAGUCUACAGUCACCCUGCUUAGAGGGCCAGCCACCCCUGCAGCCAUGCCAUGACACCAAAGCAACUCAGGAGCCCCUGAGAGUUUCCAGCAGUAACAUGGAAAAUGCCCGGAGCAGUGAGAGCAGCUUAAGGAGCAUGCGACACUGCAGCCUGGAGAAGAGAGGUGACAUCAGCCAGGUGAGCAGCGGGUAUGCAGGGGAUGAGGAGAACAGCGAGGUCAGCCUGGUGGGCAGCAGUCGAAUUGUGAGGUUGAAAAGAAGACUCAGAACCCAAGCAGGUGGCACCCCAACCAGACAGCUGUGCACCACCUACUGUCCCAAUCAGGUGAAGAGCCAGGUGGCCAGCCAAGCCAACAGCACCCAGCAGACUGGAGGGGAAAAGUGA